AUGUCAGUAAAUAAAAAACAAAAACAAGAUAAAGAAAUAUCGAUAAAAGAAAGAAAUUCGAUAUUUGAUUUUUCAGGAGAAUUUUCGAAUCUUUCUUUAGAUGAAAAGAAAAAAACUUAUUUGAUAUUAAUCAAGUAUCUAUUGAUUAAAAAUAGAAUCAAUAUUAAAAGAAUUGAAAAUGAAAGAUUAAUUGGGAAUUACAAAAAUAUUGGUCUAAAUGUCAAAUGUUUAUUUAGACAAAGUUGUUAUAUGAUUAUGAAGAAUGAUGUUAAGAAAUUUGAAAAAGAAUUAAAUGAAGAAAAUGGAAUAAUUGGAUUUUUAGUUUCUAAUGUAUAUAUUUCUGAUGAAGCUAUUGAACGAGUUAAGAAUAAUGAUAAAAUUUAUUUAUGUCAUGAGAAUGAAUUAGUGAAUGAUAUCAAGGUUGUUAAAAAUCUCAAAUAUAAUAGUCUAAAAGAUAUUACGGAAGAAUUGGAUUUAAAUGAUGGUGAUUCAGAAUUAAAAUAUUUAAUUGAAGAAAUUAAUUUUUUAGAUGAUUUUCAAAAUUUUAUAAGUGAACGUAAAGAGUUAUUUUUAAAUAAAAUAAAAACAAAGAUUUUAUUUUAA